GAGUUUAGUGCCCGGCCCAGAUCCUGAUGAGGGAUGCAGUCAGGUUCUUUUUGGAUCCUGAAGCCUUUUUUAAAAGGGCAGAGGUGGAGUUUCCCUCUCUCCUCUCUCCAGGCCUGAGUCUGGCUCACAGCGGUUGGGUGUUUCCAAUCUCUGGUAACUCCAUCGAUCCUGUCCCCCCUACUGUUGCUUGAAUAUUUGUAAUUUUAAGUGAGAUCUUCCUCAAUCUUUAAAAACAACGAUGGAUCAGCAGAAGUAUCGCACAGCAGGAGUGCAGGAGAAGCUGGAGAUUGUCGGGGUGGAGGACGCUGAUGGGAACCCCAUCAGCGCCCUGACAAUCCUGUCUCUGCUGGAGCGCGUGGCGGGCAUCAUCGAUAAUGUCCAGUCCUGCCAGCAGCGCAUGGAGGAGCGUCAGCUGGAGCUGGAGAACAACAUCAAGACCAUCCAGGGAGACGUGCUCAAACUGGCCAAAGAUCACAACGACACCAGCGGCACGGUGGAGAAGCUGCUGCAGAAGACCCGCAAGGUCAGCGCCAAUGUGAAGGAGGUCAGGUCGCGUGUGGAGAAGCAAAACGUUCGUGUCAAGAAGGUUGAAAGCACGCAGGACGAGCUGCUCACCCGCAACAAGUUCAGAGUCGUCAUCUAUCAGGGGGAGACAGAGAUCCCAUCAGUCGCUGUCACAAAGUCUCCCAAAGGAACCGGCUUGGAUGGGCUGGAGAUCGAGCCAGACACCUAUGACAUCCCUGCUGACCUCUCCUCUGAUGAAGAGUACCUGAGCGUGGAGGAGGCUGACCCAUCACGGGCUGCACGCCUCAAGAAAUCUGUCGUAAAGAGCACGGAAACCAUAAAGGCCGCCUUCUCCAAGGAGAACAUGACCAAAACCAAAGACAACCUCGGCACCAAGUUCCACAACCUGGGAGAGAAGGUGAUGCCACCAGAGCGCAGGGACAAGAUGCACCAAGCCGGCGAGCGGCUGAAGCAGUCCGGAGAGCGGCUGAAGGAGAACAUCGCCAAGAAGGCUCCGAGCAAAGAGGCCUUCCGCAUCAAGCUGAAGAAAGAGAGAGCGGUCGCCGAGGGCCAGGAGGGAGCCGAGGCAGAAGCCCCGAGCACGGAGGCAGGGGCGGGGGUCACCUACACCGAGGUAGCAAUGGAGUCAAAGAGAGAGGGGCCUGUGGAGGAGGCCAGCGCCACCCGGAUAGGAAAGUAGUCCAGACGCCACAUCAUAGAGCGCCUGCACAAAAAGGAAGAUGGACAUCUGAGAAAGUCCGUGAUUGGUUGGCAUUGAUGAAGAAGAUUUUUAUUUUAAGGAAUGUGAUAUAAAUAAAGAAGAUGGUCUUGGGAUUGGUAUCCGUUCUGACUCCAAAACUCAUCAGGAUAAAAACUGGUUAUCUAUCAGCUUCAUUCAGGGUCAGGUUACUUCCUGCAAACACUAUUCACCAAAAACAGACUACUUACUGUACCAUGGCGUGAAUGUAAGAAUCUUUAAGUCAAAUGCACUAAGAAAAAUUCAGCUUUAGAACUUGUUUAGAGUUCAUAUUUUAGAUUGUUAACAAGUCAUGUCGUGAUAAGUAUCAGGUUGUUUGAGGUAUAUGAACAAGAUGGUUGAAGUUUAGAAAAACAGUUACUAAAGGAUGAUGAAUGUUGGUCUAUAGUUCAUGUUUUCACCUUUAACUGAUGUACAUAUAAUGUUGUACAAACUGCCUUAACUAGGGAUUCGGUCGGUGCAGGCCUCAGCUGGUCUCUGAGGCUCCUGCAGAGAGAAUAAUAAGAGAUUCAACUUCAGACUGGUUUCUGUGUGCAGAUGGUAACAAGGGAAUAGAGGUAGGAAAAAAUUAAGGGUGCUUAAAAGCAGUGUCAGUGAUUGCUUUAAUUAAAGCUGCAUGAGGAGCCAAAGAUUGGUUCAAGUGAUUGCUAAGAGUAUAAUUUUAAAAGCACUAAAAGGUCACUUGGAGUUAUACUGAUGGUGAAUUUCCAUCUGUGGUACCAGCUAGACUCAACAUGGGCUCUGUCCCAAUAAACUCCUUGCCCCUACCACUUAGCCCUGACCCUGUGUUUUGCUCAUUCACAUCUGGGGUCAAGUGUCCAAGUUCUUUCUGGAGUGGAUGUGUAAGGUGAAGUGCAAGGGCUGCAUGGCCCUUUGAACAAAGAUUCUCCAGAGUAACCGAGAGUUAUAGGAAAUAUCCAAGAAUGCCUUACAAAUCAUCAGUAAAAUGGCUGUAACAUCAACAUAAGUCUACAAAUGUCAGAGAUUUCUUCAUAAAUAAGAGUCAAAAAUGAUAUCAAUCUUGGUAAUAUUAUAAUUUGAUUUAGUUUCAAUGCUUUGUGGUCCUUUUAUUUCAAAUAAGCUGGGGAUAUUGUUGCAACAAUGAGAGGACAGAGUUCUUGUUUCUGGGAAUUUUGUUCCAGAGAUGCUUGCAAUAAGUGAGGCGAAAUACAAACAAAAUGUCCUCCCUAAAUUGGGAGACAACGGCAGCACAAAGUCAAUAGAAGUUGGAGGAAUCGCCACCAGGAGAAUCAUAAGUAGUGCCAAGAGAAUUAGACUGGCUGCCCGUGGUGUAGCUUAACUUUUUUUGACUGGGGGGUCCCAACUGUAGCAGCAACUGGUGCGGGGAUGUUCUGGAAUAUGUACACUAACAUAACACAGGACCCGAUGGACUGGUCCAGGCACAACUGCAUGCAUCGUGGAGGGGGCAACUGGGAGGAUACCUGGGGAGAUGGGACAUGGGCCCGGCAUAGGCCUGGACGAUGGCCAUCAGGAAACCAGAGCAGUACAGGACCAAGGCUGACACAGCAAAAUGCCCAGAGGUGUCAGAAGUAUUUACAUUCAUUACUCAGGUAGAAGUAUAGAUACUAGGGUUUAAAAAGACUUCUGUAGAAGUUGAAGUAUCAACUCAAGCUUUUUACUCAAGUAAAAGUGUAAAAGUACUGGUUUCAAAACUACUGAAAGUAUAAAAGUAAAAGUAAUGUAAAGGGGAAAAAAUGCUAUUAAGGACAAAAGUUUAGGUUGCGCCACAGGGGCCAUAGUGCACUACCCCACGUCCCCAAAAAACAUUUUUCGAAAGGCCAUAAUGACCAUAAUGUUAUAUUAAAAUGUUAAUGUUGAAAAAUUUGGGAUGCACUUGUUUCAGCCGUAUUUAUGCCCACUGAAAAUGAACGCAUUUUAGUACAAUGCAAAUACAUUCAAGAAUCAUAUAUGUGUACUACCAACCUCCUCGCUGGUGCUUGGUUGGGACAUUUCGCUCGACUUCUCUUGAGUCUCUUCCACGGACAUCUUCGUACUGGGCUACAUACGUCUGCUAUUUCCUUGAGUGUGACGUAAUUUGUGUCGUGAGCAGGUGCAAUUGUUCCGCGUACAAACCAAUAGGGUGUCAGAAUGGUAUUAUGUUAUACUUACUCAUCCAACCACAAUCAAAUUCACUCUAUUCGGAUGACGUGAUUUAUCUGGAUAGGUUUUGGGGUUUUUUUAUUUGUGAAUUUUUGAACGAUGACAAGCCGGAAUGAAAACAAGCUGAAAUUAAGUAUGAGUAUGGAGGCUAUUUUUGAAUUGUAAAGAGUAGAAAGUACAGAUAAGUGCUUGAAAAUGUAAGGAGUAGAAGUAAAAAGUAGACUGAAAAAUAAUUACUCCAGUAAAGUAUAGAAACCCAAAAUUUCUACUUAAGUAAGGUAACGAAGUAUUUGUACUUAGUUACUUGACACCUCUGAAAAUGCCAAACCGGCACAUGCUCCUAUACCUGACCUGCCAAACCCAGUCUCAAGGAGAGCUACAAGAGGCCCACCACAAAGCCUGAAAAACUGAAUUAAGUAUAAGUCUUACCUCUGAUAAAACACAUAUCAUAGUUUAGAAAAUUGUGAGUUGAGUUGAUAACACAUUGUGGAAAACCCCCUCUAAGGCACCCAAAACAUACACUAAGGGUACCCACUUAGACGCCUCUAAAGGAACCUCUGAUCCAAAGCUAAAGGGUAUUUUUUCAUUUUUUCAUUUCAUACCCUUAACAAACUUAGGCAGGUACCUUGAAACUUUGGCCACAGAUACCGUUAAAAGACACCCAUGGUUACCUUUUAUGAAUGCAAAUGGUCGAUAAGAAAGUUCUCCAAAAGGCAGCCAAACAUUAGGCUGAGGAGUGCUUUCUUUUUCACAAUUCUAAUUUGAAAUUUACAUGAAACAGACGCUAACUUAAUACAUACACUAAAGGUUUCACUUAAGAAAACACUAGAAGGUACGAUUAAGAAACGGCCUUAACCUACUUUGGAAAAUAAAAAUUGGUAGUAUAAGACAUGAGCUAAAAGUUCCUCAAACUGAUGCUAAAGGUUACCUUUAAACAAACUUGCGAUGGUAGCUUGAUUUCUCGUGCUCAGAGUUUCUAAAGAAGAUAAGGUACAUUGAAAUAAUGCCAAAGGGCAACUGAAAAGUUACCAAAUGCUGAAGGGUGACUUAAAAUGAGUGUGCCCUUGAAACUAAUAAUUGCGUUAACUUACUGUUACCUAGAAACAACCAUUGAAGGUGCCAUGUUUCACCUUUAAAGGUAUCUUUAAACUGAUGCUAAUGAUUACUUUCUUGCAAAUGCUAAAUGGUACCUUAGAACCAGUGCAUCCUUGAAGAUAAUGCCGAAGUACUUUUAUGCUAAUGCUACCUUUGGAUUGACAUUUUGAAAAUGGUGGAUUAAAGUUAAAUUUAAUGGAUUUGACCUGCACUCUUAUCAACCACGUUGAUCAAAUCUCUGCUCACUGCAGCUUUAAGUUAAUUUGAGCAGCACGUACAGCAGGUAGUGGUAAAAAUAAAACAACUUUGCAUGAACUUUAGAGCAACACAGCUUCUUAGAUUGAGUUUUGACGCAAAGCUCUUCCUGAUUGUCACAUUAUUCUGCGAUUGCUCGUCUGAACAUGAACGUAGAGGGUUAGAGAUGUGCUUUUGGUGGCUUCAAAGAUUUUCAAGCUCUGCUGAAUUUUGAUAUAUGAACGUUUAAUUUUGCUGCUUGAUAUUCAUAGUUUCUUUUGAUGUUUAAGUGAAGUCUGCUGGAGUGAUUAGUGAGGCUGCAGCUUUGUUUGAGAUGGUAGAAUGAUCUGUUUUCUGAGCUUUAGUUACAGAUGGCUGAGCUUAUAAAGUACUGCUGCUCUUAUUUCUCAGUACUGUAGCUUUUUCUGAAAUAUAAAUGCUUUAAAACUGACUGUGUACCUGUGAUGCUGCUGCUGAGUCAACAUUUGCUUUAGAGUAGAAAAAUAUUCAUUUUUGUUCAUGUGGUUUGAGCAUUUUCAGCAAGCUUCCAUCUCUUGCAUCAUUUUUUAAGAUUUGUUUGAUUACAGCUCGGUUUGCAUUUAGCUUGAAUUUAAGUCCAGUUUUAAUGCUUCCAGUGAAAACAGCUGGUUUGACCUGUGUUGAUGUUUUGGUUUGGCUGUUAUUUAAAUGAAUCACUUGUGUUUUUUGUAUGAAUAAAGUUCUCACUGCCUGUAUGAACUGUUACACUGCAAUAAAAAUAUGUAACACUUUA